CGUGUAGCGGCCAUCAUUGAUUCGGUCAGCGACGCAGUUCGCGGAAGAAGUUCCUUUCCUUGCCGCAUUCCGGGUACCAAGAUGGUGGCCUGAGCUCUUUAGAGAGACUUCCUCCAUCCUUCACCGUCCCUCUCAGAUUUUUUUUUUUUAACCUGGAUGUGACGCAUUAAAGGACCCGACGGAAAUAGAACUGAAGGCGUUCUAAAAUGGCGAACCGUACAGUGAAGGAUGCGCACAGUAUCCACGGCACCAAUCCUCAGUAUCUGGUGGAGAAGAUAAUUCGGACGCGAAUCUAUGAGUCCAAGUACUGGAAAGAGGAGUGUUUUGGACUGACGGCUGAACUUGUAGUCGAUAAAGCCAUGGAGUUGAGGUUUGUGGGUGGUGUCUAUGGUGGCAACAUAAAGCCAACUCCCUUUCUGUGUUUGACCUUGAAGAUGCUUCAAAUUCAACCUGAGAAGGAUAUCAUUGUAGAGUUUAUCAAAAAUGAAGAUUUCAAAUAUGUCCGUAUGUUGGGAGCACUUUACAUGAGGCUGACAGGCACUGCAAUUGAUUGCUACAAGUACUUAGAGCCUCUCUACAACGACUAUCGAAAAAUCAAGAGCCAGAACAGAAAUGGGGAGUUUGAACUGAUGCAUGUGGAUGAGUUUAUUGAUGAACUGCUGCACAGUGAGAGAGUCUGUGAUAUCAUUCUACCCCGGCUACAGAAACGUUAUGUGCUAGAGGAAGCUGAGCAGCUGGAGCCUCGGGUCAGUGCUCUAGAAGAGGACAUGGAUGAUGUGGAGUCCAGUGAAGAGGAGGAAGAGGAGGAUGAGAAGGUCAGGCACCUGGGAGCUUAAGGGUUGAAGG